UGUCAAGCCCAUUCACCUACGUUUCUCCAAAGCUUCUUAUACGAGAGGGCAGUAGCAAUCCUUCUUAUACGAUAGGACAGUAGUAAACAUGGGGGUUCUCAACUGGAUGCAGACCAAGCUUCAUGGAUCGCAUGGCGGCAGAAGGAAAUCAGAGUUCAUCGCAGACCCGGCUUGGCUUGUAGAUUCCUCCAGCGGCCUUCCUCAGACCGACAAGCUCAACGACGGCUGGACGGCAGCGGUUCUUUCGAUCGGAACGUUUGGGAUGAGGGAAGGACACAGAAUGAAGAGCCGUGGACGUCUUGACGAACUCACCAAACUGCAGGACGAACUGAAAUCGCUUGUCAGAGGCAGAGGACAAGGCACAGCCGGCGAAAUGAGCAGGGUGAAUCACCUACAACUCGAGAGGCUUCUCAGCUGUUCUUCGAACUCCAAGAAUGGAGGCAUUGUUAGGCAAAGCUCAUUCAGGAAACGUGCAACAAGGGCCUUCGGGGGUUUCUUGCCCAAGCCGAGCUCCAGGGAAACUGUACCAGAAAUGAGAUUUGACGAGAUUACCUGGGGAUUGCUCCUCAAGAGUGCACAUCCUGAAAAUUCGGCGUUCACUAAUCCAGUGAUGAGGGAUUAUCGACGGGUACAGAUGGCCCAGAAAGGAGAGGUGGAGGUGGAGGACGAAGGGGGCAAAUGGAUCAGGACAGAUUCAGAGUACAUCGUGUUAGAGAUCUGAACUUGGACGGAAGCAAAAAGGAGAACGACUUGUACAACUUUGUUUGGUACAUGCCUGCCUGCAUAUCAUCAUACAACUUACAAGAUGGCCUUCAACGCCAUAGAAAACAAUAUGGUUU